AUUAAAUAUUUUAAAGUUUCUCAUCUUGUAAAUCUAAAUUAAAAUUCCUGUCUGUCAUUUUACCGGUAUUCAAUUACAAUAUUUAUUCAAGUUUAUUUCGAGUAUAUAAACUUAAAAGAUGGCUGCAACAUGGUUGCCACUUGAAUCAAAUCCUGAUGUAAUGAAUAAAUAUCUCCAAAAUUUGGGGGUAUCUGAAAAAUGGAAUAUCGUUGAUGUUUUUGGUUUAGAAGAAGAGGCUUUGCAAUGGAUUCCACGACCAACAUUGGGCUUAAUCCUUUUAUAUCCAGUUAACGAACAAUCUGAACAACGUCAUGCUGAAGAGAAAACCGACGAACAAAAGAUAUCUCCAAAAGUACUCUACUUAAAACAGUACGUUCACAAUGCAUGUGGAACAAUUGCCUUGAUACAUAGUAUUGCCAAUAAUAGAGAUAAAAUAGAAAUUGGCGAUGGACCAUUAAAAAAAUUUUUGGACGAAGCUGACGGCUUAGAUGCAUCUAAACGUGGUGAAUUAUUACAGAAUGCAGAAGGGAUCAUUCAAUCACAUGCUGAAAUUGCAUUAGAAGGGCAAACUGCUGCCCCAGAACCAUCAACGCCUAUUAACUUUCAUUUUGUUGCAUUUGUACAUGUAGAUGGAGAUCUAUAUGAAUUAGAUGGACGUAGAAGUGGUCCUGUUAAUCACGGGCCCACAACACCAGAAAAAUUUGUUGAAGAUGCGGCCAAAGUGUGUAAACAGUAUAUCGAACGAGAUCCAAAUGAUGUACACUUUACUGUUGUUGCCUUAGCUGCCAAGGAUUAAACUCUGAUACUUGAAAAUUCUUAAAAAUUCUAUGAUUCGCCUUUUUCAAAUCAAUUAGGCUUUCUUUAAUUCAUGUAGCUUUAAAAUACAUUUGAAAUUAAUGUAAUUGUUGUAUUUUUAAGCUUCUUAAUUUUUUUUCAAGUUUAAUUUGUACAAGCAAAAUUUAUUUAAUUUAUACUUUUGAAUUAAUUUUAAAAUUGGCGAUGUUUGCACAACGAAUUUGAGUGCUUAUAAUUUAAUGCACGUAACAAUUAGACGCUUUUUAAACUUGUCGUUUAAAAUGUGCUUUCACGGAUUGCAUUGAAUAAUACCUCCAAUAAAUUAAUAUAGGAUAUGCAUAACCAAAACAAAAUUUUUUUU